GUUGGGAGCCUUGGAGGGAAGUGGAAGUUCGUUAACAUUUCUCUCUCUCUCUCGAUCGAUAGAAGGUCCCGAAUCUGAAAGAGAUCGACGGAGCACCAGAUCUUUCCGUUCUCAGCGUCUUCAUUGAAGUCCUGCAUCACGUUUUGCUGAUAUCGGAGAAGAACGAAGGAACAAAAAGAAAGAGAUCGACUUAUUUCACCAGAUCUUUUCGUUCUCAGCGUCGCCAUUGUUCUGCGUCAGGUCUUCUUGAUAUCGAAGAAGAACGAAAGAACAGAUUGCGACGAGAUCGGCAGAGUUCAUUAGCUAAGCAUGGCAAUGUCGGUCUCUCUCUCUCUCUCUCGCUCUCUCUCAUAUGUCUCAUAUAACUAAAGCUUAGCGUCGUCAUGCCUCUUUCAACGUUUCGAUAGCGUUGAUCCGGAAGAGGACUGGGACUGGGAGGAUCAAAGCCAAGCGGUAUCAGAGCCAACGAGCGCAUCCGAAGAGAACAGGUUUCUUUGUUCUGUCCAGUUAAUGUAAGACACAAAAAUGGACCGAGUGAGACCUAAGAGUCCUUUGUAUAUGAGAGAGAAGAGCAUCUCUAGCUUCAAAAGGUCCCAACACUAUGAUGCAAAAACUGCUGCUCAAAAGCUUGCACAAGUUAUGGCACAUCAACGGGCUGAUGAUGAAGAUGACGAUGGUGAUGUACUUUCAUUAGACUAUGUUGUUACGAGCGGCGUUGGCCUUUCAGCAGGGAAAGGAGGGAGGUCUCCUAGUCCCCAGUUGGCUAGAAAUCAUGCGGAUCCUAGUUCAACUGUGCGUGUACCAUCUGUUGGAAGACCAUCACUGAGGCCAGUGAAAAUACCUCCAGUGAUCCCACCUAGUGGGCUAGUUGUUAGACUGCCAGAACAUCCAACUCCUGUAACAGAUGCUGCUGUGGACAAUCAAAAAGAUAAAAGGCGUCCAACAAAUUUAACGAAUCCCAGUGGACGAGUACUAGGAAGCCAGCUUGAUGCUUCUGCUCUCCAGGAUGAGCUUGAUAUGUUACAAGAGGAAAAUGAAAAUCUCCUUGAUAAGCUUCGUCUUGUAGAGGAGAGGUAUGAAGAAGCAGAAGCAAGGAGAAAACAACUUGAGAAACAGGUUGCUACCCUGGGUGAAGGUGUAUCUUUAGAAGCAAGGCUACUGACCAGAAAAGAGGCUGCCCUGCAGGCAAGAGAGGCUGCCUUAAGAGCUGCGGCGCAGAAUAAAGAUAUAAAGAAUAAGGAAAUUGCAACUACUCGGAUAGAAAUGGAGCAAGCAAGAGACGAAGCACAAUAUGCUGCCGAACAGCUCCGAGAAGCAGAGAAUGAGGUAAAGGCACUUCGUUCAAUGACGCAGAGAAUGAUACUUACGCAGGAAGAAAUGGAAGAGGUGGUUCUGAAGAGAUGUUGGCUUGCUUGGUACUGGAGCUUAUGUGUUCGCCAUGAUAUUCAUGUGGAUAUUGCAAAGCCAAGGCGUGAGCAUUGGUCGUCCUUAGCUCCACAUCCUUUUGAAGUCAUGGUAGCUGCUGGACAGAAGGCUAAGGAAGACUCUUGGAAAGGGAAUAAUGAUGGUCUCAAAAGGGAUGACUUUGCCAGAGAUACAAAUGAUUCGACUGGGGAAGGGAAUAUUGAAAGCAUGCUUGUGGUUGAAAAAGGCUUGAAGGAGUUGGCUACCUUAAAGAUAGAGGAUGCUGUAGCAGUUGCAAUGGGCCAACAUCGGUAUGCAAGUUUGACGCAGACCAGUCAAUCUGCUUCAGAUCCAAAGCCGUCUUUGGAGAGUCAGAAUCACCCCGAAUCAAUUGAACUUUCACAAGAGGAAUCUGAAGAUGUGCUCUUCAAGCAGGCAUGGCUUAUGUAUUUUUGGAGGAGAGCUAAAAUCCAUGGCUUGGAAAAGGAUAUUGCAGAUGAUCGUUUGCAAUACUGGAUCGAUCAGAACAGUCAGUCCCCAACAUUGCAUGAUGCAGUUGAUGCAUUUCGAGGCAUGAUAGAAGUCAGAAAAUUAGGGUUGGAGAGCCAGUUGUGGGAGGAUUCUCGCAAAGAGUAAUUCUGAUUUGUCAAAUCCAAUUCGAACGAGCCUCAUGGUUCCUUUGUGAAGCGGCCAGCCGAUCGCAACCAACAAGCUACAUUGCCAUCCUACUCAUGGAAGCAACUCCUCCCCCCCCCCCCCCACUCCUCUGUGUGUGUGUGUGUGUGUGUGUGUGUGUGUGUGUGUGUGUGUGUGUGUGUGUGUGUGUCUUUUUUUCUCUCUUUCUUGCUUGCGCUUUGGCACACACACAUACAUGCAAACCUGAUUCUAAAUAAGAUUAAGCAAAAAAUUCUUGCUUUGAAAUAGUUGAAUAAUUGUGGGGGGAUGUGCUUUAAUGUAUUGAAC